GUCGAUCAAAUUAGGGUAGACCCAAUCCAACCCUUGAUUGGACCUCAAGAGGAAAGGCUUUAAAGUAAUUUUUCUGAAAAGCAAGGGCAUUUUCUUAAUAAGUCCUAUAUUUAUGAGUGCAGACAGUAGAGUUCGAUUUAGCAGACGCACGCACAGCAUGAGGAAGCUCGCUGGGAAUAAACAGCAGGACGAGCAACAAUGGUGGAGAAGACUGGCAAGGGAAGGAAGGCAAGAAGAGGUUGUAACUCGCGAGUACACAAUCAACCUCCACAAGCGUUUGCAUGGAGCUGUGCAAGUUAUAUCAUGAGCAACUAUGCUUUCCAACAUUGUGCAGUACAUUCAAGAAGAAGGCACCAAAAGCCAUAAAGGAGAUCAGAAAGUUUGCUCAAAAGGCUAUGGGGACUACCGAUGUUAAGAGUUGAUGUGAAGCUCAACAAGCAUGUAUGGAGGCGUGGUAUUCGAAGUGUGCCAAGGAGAAUUCGUGUUCGCAUUGCACGGAAGAGAAAUGAUGAGGAAGAGGCCAAAGAGUAGUUUUACUCCCUUGUUAUUGUCGCUGAGAUCCCUCCAGCAGGAUUUAGGGGGUUGGCAACCAAGGUCAUUGAUGAAGAGGAUUGAAAUAGCGUUGUCCUCUAGAUAAGGAUUCUGAAUUUUUGGUUAUAUUUAUGUUCAAUUUAGCGAAUUUUCUUUCUUUAUGGAAUUCUCUAAAGAACAUCUAGGAUUGAAAGUAUCUUUAACUUAAUCGAAUUUUCACUUUUAGCUUGUUUAUGAUAUCUUAUGUUAUGUUUCAAGCGAUGAAAACCUGGCAGUUUGGUGUGGGUAAUUGUUGCUUCAUGUCAGCUAAAAUUUUGAACAUUUUCGAAUAUUAAGCCUCACAAUCAAUAAUAGAUACUAUUUUAGCCAUGAUGAUACACAAUUUUCAAUAAAAUUAGAAGUUUGCGUUGCUAUAAUUUACGAGUGAUGUGGUGAGCUAUUUUUAUGAUUAAGGAUAGAUUAUAGUUUUACUCAAAUCGAAUUAAAAAUUAAAUUGCUUUGAAAUUGAAUUUGAGUCUUAACUUGUUAAUUUUAAAUUGAUUUUAAACUGACUCGUUUGGAUUUAUGCUAGUCUUGAGCUUACCUUUGUACAGGCUUAGUUUCAAUUAAAUUGAAUCAUAUUUCCAAUCCCCAUACUCAUGGUGUUUGUCUAUAGCCUUUAUGAAAUAAUAAUGUACGGGAAAAUUGUAUGUUAAAUCCAAAUCCAAAGGUUACGUACACUAAUUAGGAAUUGAAUUUAUAGUUUAACUCAAAUAAGUCAUUUUUGAGUUGGAAUUUAUUUGAUAAUAAUAUUUAUUUUACUAAUAAUUUUAUUUACCUCUUCAAUAAUACUGUUUAUACCAUGAGCUACCUUCUAAUAACGUUGUUUAUCAAAUCAAAUAAACUCAAACUCUACCCAGGCAUUUUUCCUCGAGCAGAGCUUAAUCCAACGCUAGUGGAUUAGUGCAAUUAUCAUUGAAGUUUACGUCCAGAAUCUGAUCAGCAAAAGUGGUCCUUAAGAGAAGCCCAUCUUACCGUUUACACGAGUGCCAGCUAAUGGACCCUACGAAAGGCCCAGUUUCCCUUAAGAAGCUUGCCCGGGAAGCUCUUCGUAAUUAAAUGGUACAAAAUACAAAUCGGCGGGAAUAAGAUAAUCAAUCAGACAAAGAGAGUGUGAAGAGGAGAUUUCAAUUUUAAUCGACGAACUCGGAAUCAAGGACGCUGCAGUUUAUUAUCAUAUGGAGAGCCAUCUUCAAGCUUCUCCAAAGUUAGGAUGUCCUGCUGACAGUAAUGAAGCAAAGUACAUCUCUGGGCUUAGUACUAUACUUGUUGCAACAAUCCAGGAGACGAAGGAUAGGAUUUCGCAGAUAGAAUACAUUUUCUGCAAUCAGAUAUACCCAAAUUUUCAAGCAAAAUCUAAAAGCUUGCAGAAGAUAUAUUACGAGGCCAAGAAAGCUGCUGAAGAUGCAUGGAGAGAAAAGGAAAAAGGUCUCUUGCUUGAGUUGAAGCAGCUUCGGCUUGAAAAGCAACAGGUUCUUGAAGAUUAUCAGUCUCUCAAGCUUAAGAUGGCAAAUCCUUCGAAGGAGCAAGAAGAGGAAAUAAGUCAACUGCUUUCCAAACUAGAGAGUCAACAACUGAAAAUUGAUGAGCUUGAGAAGGAGCGUAUGCAGAAGUCUAAAGAAGUUGAUGAGGGGAUGGAAUUGCAGAAUAAAUUACUCCAUUUGGUUCAAUCAAAAGUUAGUGUGAUUGUGGAACAGAGCAAACAAAUAAAAGAGCAUGAAGAAAAGGCUAAAAUUCUUACUGCUGAACUGAAUAGCCAGAGGAAAAAAAUUGAUGAGCUCCAGAAAGAACUUAGUGGAAAGACAGAAAAUGUGGCCAGGAUAAAAGAUUUGACUGAAAAGAUUGAAAUACUAAUCUCAGAUAUUUCAAAUAAUGAACAGCUGUUAACUGAUUUGAAAGAUGAGAAGAAACUACUGACUGUUAAGUUGGAAGGUUCUGAGGAUAAUUUUAGAAGACUGCAAGAGGAGCUGAGGAAAAAGAUGGAAGAAGUUGAGCAGGGAAGAGAACUGCAGGGGCAGUUGCUUCAACAAAUUGAUAUGAAUUCUGCUGAAGGGUUAAAGAAGAAGCAGCAGUUGGAUGAGUGUGAGAAAGAGAAGAAACUACUUCUUGAUAAAGUGGAAGGUUUGGAGUAUAAAGUUAAUGAGCUAAAGUUAAAUCUUAAUAAAAGAAAUGGUGAGGCAGAUGGAGGAAGGGAUUCAGAUGAAAAAUUACUUCAACAGAUAAAACUGAAGGACUCUGAGUUGGUUACUGAAAAGAAAAAAAGAAGGGAUGUCAUAGAUGCUUACAAAAGGUUGAAAUCUCAGUACAAUUUCCUCUGUGCAAAGUCUGGUCUCACAACAGAGAAUAUGCUACUGCAAAACAAGCUAGAUGAUGAAAAUGAUUCAUUUAAGCAACAUCAAAAUCCAAUAAUUUCCCCCGACCUUGAAGUCAAAAGUCUCCAUACUUUGGCUGUUCAUUGCGACACAAGUAAAGUGAAAAAUGAAUUUGAUUUUAGUGAUACCUUGGAGGCUGAGAAAGGAGCCAAAUCAUUUCAGACUUCAAGCUUUCAUUCACCUACUUCUAAUCACUUUUUCAUACCAAAAGGUCCUUCAAAUGUAAAAUUGGCCCCAGCAGCCGGUACAAAGCGACCUGCAUCCUCUUGGAGAGAUACCAGGUCCCGUCAAGUCCAAGGUGGCGUUGACCCUCAUGAUGAUUUUCUUGAUACUCCCUUAGAGAACAUAAGAGGAAACUUGAACAAAGCAAUGAAGGAAAUUAACGAUAUUGCAGUUCCAUCUGAAAAAGACAUGAAUCCUGAUAGCUCAGAUGAUGAAACGCAGGAUAUGAAUGUUGAUCCUGCACCCCAGAGAGAGCAGAAGCCAGAUGCAAUUGCUGGAAAAAGAGGUUACAAGUAUGUUGAACCAGUCAGAAAGAAAGCUGAGCGGGAAAAUUUUAAAGGAGUUGAAUGCAAGCAGUGCAAGAAAUUCUAUGAUGCUGUUCUUCCCAAUGAUGGAGAUUAUUGAAGUUUUAAUGAUAAUGGAGCUCAACAACUGCUAUCUUGUUUGCGAUUUACAUCUUUUUGGAUGAGGCUUCCUCUUUCCAUUUCCUUCCUUUUGUGCUCUUAUUUAUUAGCAUUCUCAAUAUUUUUAGUUGGAAUGUGCUCCCAUUUACCCGUUAAGCUAUUUCUAUGGCAUUUUAAAGUUCUGAGGCCGACCUUUCUUUUAAUUCUAUAAUUUGUUGGUACAUGAUUUAGUUGCUAGGAUGCUGGAGAUAAUGAGUGGAUUCAAGUCAAGUUGGUUCGGAAAUGAAUCUAUAUUUAGUUUGAAUGAGUUAAACUCGAGUUGUAGUUUUAGUUUGAUAACUUGGUUUAAGUUUGACUCAUUCACCCUUUUAGUGAUAAUGUUCAUCUCGUUAGUAACACUGUUUACUAUUUAGACAUAUUGUUUACUCUAUCAACAACCUUUAGUAACAUUGUUUACCCGAUUUGAAUGAACUCAAGUUUGAUUUGGAUAUUAUGGAUUCGAGUCGAGUUUGAGCUGUGUUGUUUGGGCUCAAUUUGAAUUUAUCUUUACUAAAGAUGGGUUUGAACAACUUCUAAUAUGAUGAAUUACACUUUAUUUCGGAGCAAUUUGUCCAGUUGCAAGACUAGAAAGAUAAAGUAGGAUAGUGUGCUGUUCAGCAUUAUGUUUUCAUUAACGUAGAAGGAUAAGAUAAGAGUGCAAUUUUUAGUCCCUAAACUAUAUAUUCCAAUUCUAUAGGGUACGCUUCACAUGCUUUAGCGGCUCCACCAUAAAUUUCAAUCAUGUACAGUUGAACUUUUCCUUUGCUCUCUGUUCUUAGUACUUAUCUUUUUCUAUAUCUUAUCAGGUGCCGCCAUUAAAAUGGUUCAUUCUCAAGAGCAAGUGUGCAAUAAGUUGUUCAGCAUUGCAGAGCUUAGAAACAAUUUACAGUAUUCAAAGUUAUAAUUAUCUUCAAUACUACUUUGCCCCUUGGCCAAUCUGUAGGAUGAUUACUAAAGAGAAGUAAGUGCUAACAAGAUUCCAAUUCAACGAUGAUUGUUCUAGCCUUUCAUUUUUUGGAUUUUAGUUUGGAACAAGUAUCAGUCGGUGGGAUUUAUGAAGGACCAUCAAACAACAGGGAGCACUGUCUGAUGCUGACUGAAGCUGAGCCAUUGAUGAUACUUCAAAUUGAGGUUAGUAUAUUACACUCUCUGUGCACAAUAGAGAACCUUACAGAGGCCUGACUAAUUUGCGCAGAAAGUUCAUGUGGGUGUCAGUAUGGUUGCAUCUCUAGAUUAAAUGUGGGUAUCAGCGCAGUGGGGUAACAUAAUGUAACCCCAGCUAGGAACAUGCAUGCAUGCAUAGCUGUAUCAGACUUGGGCCUUUACUACUACAAUACAGCACAGCAUUAAUGCUGAAA